AUGGGGGGUUGCCAUAGUUACCCCACCGCCACCAAGGCGGACGGCAACGCUCCUCCCGACGUCUGCAAUGACAAACUGGGAAUCAACAACAACAUCUUGGACGCGCGUCCGUACCUCCAGCAUGAGUACACGUGCCAGCACAUUAACAACAUGGACAUGUGCGCGCUCACGUCCCUACCGCCCGGCGUGGACAAAACCGAGUGGUUGGCCAGCAAUACCGUGUGGUUUUUCAAGCACAUAAACCUGUUCUCCAGCGCGCUGUCCGAGUUCUGCACCCCCAGCACCUGCCCGACCGCCUGUGGACCGGGCGACACAGUUUAUUUUUGGAUUGACGACCAUGGCAGGAAGCUGAAGUGCUCUGCUCCUCUCUACUUUGACUAUGCCAUGUCCUACAUUCAGGACCUACUCACAGAUGAAGAUGUAUUCCCAACAAAAGCAGGCUCAGUGUUCCCCACGGGCUUCAUUUUCCUGGUGCAGAAAGUGUUUUUGUUGCUGUUCAGGACUCUGGCCCACAUCUACUGCUCCCACUUCCGGCAGACGCACGCAAUGGGCCUCCACCCGCACCUCAACACGCUCUUCUCGCACCUCACACUCUUCUGCCGGCAGCACGGACUGCUGGACGCCGAAGACACAGAACCGCUGGAAGACCUCAUCUCAGCUCUAGGACUGCAAGGAGGAACCUAG